AAAAAAUUUCUUUCGAAUCGGUUUUUUGUGCAAAAUCGAAAAUAAAAACGUGCUAAUAGAUUAAAACAAAAAAAUAAAAUUGAUACUAUAUAAACAAAUUUAGCAAAAUGUUAAAGUGGACGGCAUCGGCCAGUAAAAAUCCCCAGGAUACUCCCAUAACACAACGUGUGGCAGCAGCAUCCUCAACAAAUGCCAGAACACCACGUUUGACCACAGAAAAAAGGCGCAAAAGACGUGCCACCAUAGCCAAUAAGGAAAAUAUUCCAAUAGUGACCUCAACACCCAUGGUGAAUCGUACGCGAAAUAGUCCUUUGGUAUUGGCACCUUUUGCGGAUAUUUUAAAUGUCACCCCUGAAGCUCCAGGCACUACACGUACCCCCGAAAGAAGAAGGGUAUCCAUACAAGCAGUGCCAGUAGCAAAUACUAAUCCUACAACGACAACUAGAAGACAUUCGUCAGUGGGAUUUACCAUACCGACGGCUGUGCCUCAAUAUGCCACAACUUUGCCUAAAUUCGAAGAGGAAUAUUCCCCCAAUAAUUUGCUGCCUACGGGACAACAAUUGGCUUUAAGAGGUCUACUGCCGGAUCCUUUCAUGGGCAACCGUCGCUAUUUUGCCACUCCCGAAAUGGCAGAGCAGGAAGUGAAAAAGAUUUCCUCGCUUCCCAAGAAACGUAAACUGGAAAUGGAUUUUAUAGCCAUAGCCCAAGAGGAAGGUGUGGCAGCUCCCAAGGAGGAAAAGACCAAAAAGGAUUUAAACCAGACUGGCGUGGUUUCCAAUCGCAUGGGUGAUCAAACUUUGGAUAAGCUAAUAGAUGCCAUUUUGGAUUCUGCCUGCAAAGAUGAAAAGAAAAAGAAGCCUCGCAAAUCUUUCAACUUGAGAAGAAGAACCCUGCUGAAAAACCAAGUGGAUACUGUCAAUGAUUUAAUGUUGUCUCCCUCCUAUGCUGCUGGCGAUGAUCCCUGCAGUGAUUUAAGUUUUCUGGGCAUUGAUCCAGAAGCCAAUGUGGCCAAGAAACCUUUCAAAGCUCUAACCCCCAAGGCGGCCUCACCUAUUGUGCAGGUUACUCCACAUCCUGCAACACCCAAUCCUGGCACUCCCAUGACCACCCAACAACUGCUGCAUUUACCCACUCCCAAAGUCAAACAGGACUCCUUCAAUUUGGCUACACCUGUAAGACCGAAUCUUAAGCGUAGAUCUGAUUCAAAAUCCUGCCAAAAUUCCAGCGCCAAAAAAUACAAAGUGGACUCUAGAAACUAUUUUGAAAUUGGUUUGGCCUUGCCUUCAAUUUAUGUUUGAGUAGUUGUCAUGCUGCUGCAACUCCAAUACCAACUGCCAAAGAUCCCAAGAAAACCAAAAACGCUUCAACCAACGAAUUUAUGAUGUUUUUCACAAAUAUCGCCGCCAACCAAAAACUUGUUAAAAUAAACCAAAAUUUUUGUUGUUGACAAACGUGGGGGAAUUGCUCUCAUAUUACGCUUGUAGCUUUUAAGUCUUUAGUUGUUUAAGUUUAGCUAGUUUUUUUUUAUAAUUUUAAAUAUUUUUUUAAUUAUUUUAGUAUAUAAGUGUUACUCCUCUCUAUGGUUGAGUUCAAAAACAAAUUACGCUUAGAUGAAAAAAAUUUGUUUUGUACAGUAUGAGCUGUUAUGUAGUUCGUUGUUCUUUUCGCCCAUGUCUUUGUUUCUAUGUCCAUUAUUCUCUUUGAAUUUAAGUUUUCUAUUGUCCUUUUUUUCUUAUUUAUGUUUGAAAAUGUUUCUUAUUCUUUUUACC